AUGGCUAGCACAAGCUCAAGCUUGACAUCACUGAGCUUUACUCCGGACACGAGUUUCAAUUGGUUUUUCCUUUUGGAGCUCAUCGUGUCGUGCAUCCUCGUCCUGUUCUUUCUCCUCUACUUUAACCGCCUCUUUGCAGCUCUCUUAUCCUACGCUAUUCGCGCAUACACUUGGCACUAUUAUCGCGCCUAUGUGGAUAUCAAUGCAAUCCAGGUUUCCUUGCUUGGAGGGAGGGUCUUCUUCAAAGGGAUCCGGUAUCAUGGGGCGAAUGAGACGAUUUUUGUCCAUGGAGGAUUCAUAACUUGGCACUACUGGAAACGCGCAGUGAAAAAAACCGAACUGUUCAACCUCGACCGCAACAGCGAGCCAUCGGCGAACGAACCCGACCGUCCUGCGCGUGGUGAUAAUGAUAGUAACAAGAACAAUGAUAGGGGAGAGCAAGGGGGAUUGAAAAAAACGGAUGCGCUCCCGUGUCGGAUUACUGCCAAAUUCUACGGUCUUGAAUGGUUUAUCUACAAUAGAACCGCUGCAUAUGACAGCAUCCUGGCUGGCUUCGGUCUGGCAGACGAUGGCAAUGCCCCGCCUUCACCAAGAUCUUCCAAAUCAUACGACGAUCCAGAUGUGAGAAGCUCAUUGAACUCCAAACGUAAGGAGAACCAAGAUGGUGCUUUUGCGGCCGAGGCGAACUCCGACCACAAGCCGCCUUCGGAGAACAACCCAGGACUUAAGAGGGAGGACACAGUCGAAUCCCAAGAUGGAACAAAUGGAAUAGGAGGCUCUUUGUCAACGUUACUUCAGCUUCUCCCUUUGAAGCUGGUGUGUGAUAAAGGGGCCAUUGUCAUUGGAAAUGAGAAUACUCGAUCUGUCUUGACCACGACCUUUGACAACGCAAUUGGAUCAAUCGAAGCCUGUCCUGCAGGACCUCUUGACCUAUACCGCCAAGUGUUUUCCUUCCAAUUAAGCCACCCGAUUAUCCAAAUGCGGCCAAACCCAGACUUCAAGCAUAAUCAGCUUACGGCUGCAAAAGGAUUAAGUUCAACGCAGGAGGAGCAGUCCGGAGCAAAACGCAAACGAGACACCAUUUUCAACUAUAAAUUUCAGAAGCGCAGGGUAUGGCACAGCAUUCGCGACCUUGUUCCAUAUUUCCAGACUUCAGUGGAGUCAUUUCAUGUUCAUGAAAAACAAGACAACAUGUCAAGAAACCAAGGUGAAAUCCCCGACGAAGUUCGUUGGAUUGGUCUUUCACGGUAUCUCGAUGAGAGCAGCCAAGAUGAUCAUGAAGAAUGGAACUCCGUUGAGUAUGGCAGGUUUUCAACACUCCUAGACAGCCCAAGUCUGACUAUCACAUACUUUUGGGAUAUCGCCGGGUGUGUUGGUCCUGAACAGCCCAGUCCAGACUUCUCUCCUCGGAAAUUAUCAUCAGACAUCAAUGGAGCCUCGGCUCCUGAAUGGGGAAUUGACCUCAAGAUAGAAGGUGGCUCCGUAAAUUACGGACCAUGGGCUGAUAGGGAACGAAUCGGGCUUCAGAACGUGCUUUUCCCGAAUUCAUAUAAAAGUUCCCAACCUGUAGAUCUGCUUGCACCGGGAGCACUGAGGCAAAGUACUGUUUUCAAAUUUCGCGUUGAGCUAACGGACGAGACAACCUUACGAAUCCCAACGAGAGAGCCGUCCAAAGACUGGCAGUGGAAGGGCCGGGCUGAUGCCAUUAGGGGCACAUCGAAAUUGAAGCAGCAACAACAACAGAGAAGACAAUCACGGAACAAAGAGGGUGAUAAAGGCAAUAUAGGACCUGAUAUUCGUCCUUUCGGAUGGCUUUCGCUCAGGCUGGCUGGUGAUUCAACCAUUAAUUACACCAUGGACAUGGUAGCUUCCACUUCGGGGUAUCACAAUCAACUUGAUCUAGAUCUUCGGGAUUCAAGGAUGUCAUCGAGCGUCAACCAUGGGCUGUUAUGGCAAUGCCCUCGACAACUUUUAACCUGUGAUCUUUCCAAUCCUCUUACUUGGAAUGCUCUUCGCACUUGGAACUUCAAUGUCGAGAGUCAAGAUAUGGAGCUUUUUCUGAUACGGGACCACAUAUUCCUCAUAACGGACCUUGUUACUGAUUGGGCAUCUGGCCCUCCUUCAGAUUAUUAUACCUUUGUCCCAUUCAUCUACAACCUAAAUCUCUCAUUUUCUGAUAUUCGAUUGUUUGUGAAUGUCAAUGACUUGAACAUUAUCAGCAAUCCAUCUGAUUUGGAUGACAAUCGCUUUCUCGUCGUCAAGAGCAAAAGAUUCACAUCCGAUGUCAUGAUUCCUCUCAAUAAAUUUAAGCCUGAGAAAAGUGCCGUGGAUUUCAAGUUAAAUAUUCAGGAUGGAGGCAUUGAUUUCUUGACACCGUUGUGGGACACGUUGCAUACUUUCUUGCAAGAUAAAUCAGCAGCCACACUUGAUGGUCUGCUAAUUAGUGGAACAUACGACUAUUAUUCUUCAACUUCACCUGAGCUGACCGAUACUUUGAUACUCAAUAUCGAUGGUGCCUCACCGCGGCUCUAUUUGUUUGGGUUUUUGAUCCAGUACUUUAUGACAGUCAGAGAGAAUUACUUUGGAGAGGAAAUGCAUUUCAAGACUCUCGAGGAGUUUCAAGAAUUGGCUUACCCGCAUGAACAGUCAGACACGCAUAACGCAAUUAAUCCGAACGCUAAAAGCAAUGAUCUCGAUGUAAUUGUGCACGUCACUGUUGACAAUCCUUGUGCUCUUUUGCCCAAAAAUAUUUAUGACAACUCGAAGUUCUUACAGCUCACUGCCGCUUCGUUGGAAGUCAAUUUGAGAUUUACAAACUAUUACAUGGAUUUGCAUUUCGCACUGGCUCCUUUGAAGGUGGCAUUAGAAUCACGCCAGGCUGAAGAACCCCCCACUAUAUCUGACACACAGCUGUUCAUUGAUGGUCUCACAAUCCAUGGUCAUCGAUUAUUUGGCUUGCCUCCGCUGGAGCCAACUUACGUUUGCAAUUGGGAUUUUAAUGUCGGGCAAAUAAUCGGUGAAUGUUCGACGGAGUUUUUGAGCAGCUUGCUUGCGGCUUUGCAGAGCUUUGAUUUGUCUUUCGAUAACGAAGAGAAUAAGCUGCCACCUUUAGUCCCCAUCGUCCUCCACGAUGUGACUUUUCUCCGGGCAAAUUUGGCAUCUAUCCAUAUUUCCGUACUCCUUGACCAGUCGGCAUUUAUCCUGAGCUCUGGCCCUUUUACAACCAAGUUCAACGAUUGGGCUAAUUCUAAGUUCUCAAAACGCUUGAGCCUUCUGGUUCCCGAACUCUCUAUAGCUGCAGUGGACAACAACUCCAUUUAUGAAGCUCGGAGCUCGCACAAUGGCAAAGUGAACCCACUUGCACUAUUCCAAACGACAAUAAAGCUGAAGAUGGCACAAAGGCAAUGCGACAUUGGCGAAAACCGAAAACUGCAACAAGAGCACAUCAAGAUACAUGACGAGAGAACCCAAAGGACACAGUGGCUACUAUUUGACUGGGAGAACAUUGACCCCAGCUCCUCGCCUCCAAAUACCGAUGACCUUGACCCGCCAACUAUUGCUAUACCGUCAAUGCCAGAGCCUUUAACCAGACAUACACACUUUUUGGGAUCGCCUUCAGUGAGGCAUUUCCCGGGAAGUAAAAGCAACUCUAGCGCAAGAAGCUUUCUUGUAUCCUCUGAUGCUUCGAGUCUCAAGGGUGGUAGGAAAAGAAUAGCCCGCAGCAUUAAUAGCGCAUCAAGUUCGCCAUCACAGGAUGACAGGGUUCAGAGACCAGCCCACGGGAAUGAUUCAAUGAAUUCACGUUUACACACUCAAGCAACAGACCAAAAGGCAUCGGAAGCUGCAGGUUCCAAUGUUUGGGCAAUGCCAAACUUCUCCCUUCACAGUAUUGUUUUGGACACGUCAAAGUUGCCUUCGCAGCAGGUCCCUAGCGAUCAUGGGGAAGAACAAAACUCUUCUGUGAUCAAUGUGAACCAACUGUUUUCACCUUUUGGAGAUGAUGAUAUAACCCACACAAACUUUGCCUGCGAGUUCCCUGUUGGAAUUAAAGGAUUUUGCACACCUGAAUUCCUUCUCAUUGUAUCAGCCUUGGCAGAACGCUUGCAACCAAGACACCCUGUUGAAAUCAUUGACUCGCUUCAAAAGGAAGUCAUAUCGGACAUUGUUGGGUACGAAAAGUCAAUCAAAAAGCCGAAUAAAUCGACGGCAUUUGCAAUAAGAGUUCCCCUUGUUCUGUUGAAGCUCGUCAACCUAUCUGAGGCCCCUAGCAACAAUCAAUUUAAUUUCCAAGAUGAGUACAGUGUUGGCAUUUCCCACCUGAAAACGGAACUUCGAACCAAAGUUGAACGGCGAAAGAAUGAUCUUGUUGGUGGGAUAAAAGAUAGUUUCACUGUUCAUACAGCAGCCAGCAAUCUUUCAGUUUCGGUCAAGGGCAGUCGAGCUGAUGCAUCUCAAGAGAAAGCUGAGUUUAGGUGUGUCUUUGGGGACUUGAACUUUUGGCUGGUGACAACCCCCCUUGUACGAGCCCAUCUUCAGAUGCGGUCUUUCGACACAAUAACUUCAACAAAAUCUGUCGAACAUCUUGCUUCUCUUGUUCGCCGCACAACAACUAUGUUCGAUUCCGUCACAUCAUCCUUCAAGUACAGCUCAUCCCUUGGCAAUAAACGCUUGCGUUUUCUUAUUUACUUUUUGACUCAACCAGCUGCUGAUAUUCCCGAUCCUGCGUUCCUGACACGCAUUUCGUAUGUCCUUCGAGUUGCGCCGACUCAUUUGCGACAGCAUGAUUCCUGGAAGAUUAUAUCUCGCAUUCGCAAUGUUUUCAAUAAUUUGUCGCUGGAUCAACAACAACUGUUGACAUCGAAGUGUAUGAUCAAUGACAUUUCGUUACCAUCCAACGCGAAGUCCAGUGUACUUUCCAGUUUCGAUCAGUGGCGAGCUUGGGAUUUAGCACAUGUUGAAAAGAGCUACGUGAUGCGGAGAGUUUGGAAUAUAUUCGAGACGACUCCAGAAACACCCGAAAAACCGGUCUUGUUUUCAUCUAGUGUGAAAAUUUUCAGAUUUUUAAUUGACCCUGGGCCAAAGGAAAGCGACUUCAUUGUUCAGGAUUUAUCUACUACACUGUCUAUCAGCCCGCAAAAGCAAGAGAGCCAGGAUGUUGCGAAUCUGGUGAAACUCAUCAUCUUGCAAUCAUAUUGCUCCUCUGUGCUACUCAGUCUACGAUGGGAGAUCCUCGAUCUUGUUGAAGGGAUAGCGAAGACGAUGUCCACUGUCACACUCGAAUCCGCGGCAUCUCCUGAUGUCCCCACUGAGAAGCCAGCAGGACAGACCGAGUUGCAGAUAGUUCUGGGCACUGAUCUUGGGGCCAUAACUCUAGAUGGGAUCAAUAUCAAGCUAAAGUUAGUUGGCAAGGCUCUCAGGGGAUCACUGGUUCACAAGUCUCAUAUUAUGGAGACUCUGAACGAGGACCUCAGUUUAUUGUUUAGUGUCACAGAGUGCUCUUCUGAAAUAUCCAGUCUCCACAAGCCUCUCAUGCUUUGGAGAAUUGGUGAUCCAUAUAUCUACUGCUCGCGGAUGUCUCAAGAAAGCGAAAUGGAAGCAUGGCAUGAAUGGAAAGUCGCGGGGUCGUGCAGAAAGCUUCGAUAUGAGAUGCAAGAAGAUCCACUAGGCCUUGCCCAUACGGCAGACCGACUAAUCGAAGAUGAGGUUCGAUAUAUUCGCCGUCUUGUGGACAUCCUUGAUGUGCAAAAGCGCGAACCAGACGAAUCUACUAUUGCGAAGAAAAAGAUCGUCAGCAACAAAUUCCAAAUUGCAACUUUCUUAGGCGACUACCAGUUAAGCUUCUGCCUUUUGCCUUCUCUGAUAUAUACGAUUUCAGGCGAGGUGGCACGACUGUCAGUUAUGCCCAAGAAUGAAUCAAUGAUUGAGGUGGAUUUCGAUCUGAAACAGAAUUCGCAUGCCUUUUCAUCGAGCGAAGGGGAUGGGUGGCAUGAUCUUUCAGUCUUAGACAUACCCCCAAUCAACGGUCGAGUCAUUGCAAAUAUGCUGUCAAGUCGCACGGAAGUGGAGGUUGAUGUGACGAUUGAGCUCAUUCGUUUGGAAGCCAGUGCUGUACGGAGUCUGGUCAGUGCUUUAACAGGGCCUGAAAUUUCUCACCUGGUCUCCGAUCUUAAGCAAAAUGUGGAGGCAUUGCAAACGCACCUCGAUGACGUUCUUGCUCUAAAAAAAUCAUCGUCGCAACCUAAAGAGCCUUCCGACAACCACGGGCUUCUCUAUAAAUCUCGUCUCACUAUGGCAGGUACAGAAAUACAUGCCACGGCGCCUGGGGUAGGCGGCAAGGGCUAUUCGGCAGAUAUGCAGUUUAGCCUUGGAAUGAUGCGUAUGCGCCUCGAUAAUGGGUUGGAUGACGGAUCCCCAAUGGAAUAUCCAGAAUUCCAUGUCGACGCAUCUCAUAUCAGCUUUGAUCUGAAGAGGCAAGAGAAGCCAAAGAGUCGUUCUUACGGCAGUUUGGCGAUUGAUGCAAAGCUUCAUGGGACUUCCAUCAUACGUGAAAAUGGGGAGACCGCCCGAGUUUACCAUCUGAGCAGCAAUAGAUUCGAUAUUGAGCUUUUUAGGGAAACAGCUUCCCUGGUCGUUGACAUUGCUGUCUAUCUUCAAGAACGCAUCAAGACAUUAGACCUGUCUCAUGAGGUCCAGCGCUUCAAAAAGCUACGGCAUCGUAGUCAGACAGAGCCCGGAGCGAAGGCACCGGAAAUACCCAAUAUCCAGGUGAAUGAUGCACCUGGUUCGCCAGACUUUUUCAAUGCUGUUUUCUCAUUGGAGUUCAACAACAUAGAAAUUGGUUGGAAUAUGGCAACUGCGCCAUUGGCUAUCUCUGGACGCAAACCGGAUGAUUUAGUAUUCUCGAUAAAGCGGGUGGAUUUGUCCAAUAAAAGAAAGAACUCCGCCAAGCUUCGUAUUGAAGAUAUGCAACUGCAAAUGGUACCGUUUUCAACAACCAGGCGAACUCGAUCUCUCACCUCGGCACUGAUGCCAGAGUUGGUUUUCAAUGUUGCCCAUUCUUCAAACGGAAAGGAGAUGAGACUUGCUUUCCAGGCAGCUGGGAAAUCGUUGGAUAUGCGAGCAACAUCUGACUUCAUACUUCCAGCAAGUAUGAUACGUGACUCCAUUGCUUCUGCAGCCCAGACCAUACGCGAAGCCAAUGCUCUUUGGGCGACGAAGCCGUCUUCAGACAACACCAAAGAACGUAAUCUUUUCGGAAACAAACGUAUCCGGUCUGUGUUGGUGGAUGUUGAUUUCGCCGGUGCUAUUGUCUCUCUCCAAGGCAGACACACUGAUGACCAACAGACAAUGCUGACAGCCAAAUUAAAAGGAAGUCGGGUUCCCGAGGGAAAGUAUGGUCAAUACGUUCAAGGAGAAGCGGCAACUACUGCAACUUUCCGAGCUCCAGGGGUCGCAUUCAAGGUUCAAUUCGAGGAUAAUGGAAAAGACGACCCGGCACUCAAUGCGGAGUUGAAGGUCGACGCAUCCACAAAUGUCCUGUAUCCAACGCUUGUUCCGUUGAUCAAGCAAAUGACUGCCACGGUAAAGGAGCUCAUGGGAGAGCAACCGCAAACACAACAACCCAGAAGACCAUCUACGGCAAUGAAAUUGCAGCCACAGAAACUAAUGCAAGAAACACCGCUCAACGCUGGAGAUCCAGACUCGAUUCUUGGGCGAUGCAAGGUGAACCUGGGCCUCCUCAUAAGAAAACAAGAAUUUAGUUUGAGUUGUCAGCCGAUCGCGAGAGUGGCAGCUACAGCAAAAUUUGACAGUGUCUAUGUGACUGUCAACACCGUGCAGUCCGAUGAUCACGGGAGAUUCGUUGCACUUUCUGUGGCUUUUAACUCUUUGCAAGCCUCAGUAAAACACGUGUACUCCAAUGAGUCAACCGCAAGCUUCGAAGUGAAGUCCAUGGUCAUGUCACUCAUGAAUAGCAAGCAUCUCAGCAGCACGAAAGGAAUCGCGGCCAUUCUUAGAGUUAGCCCGAUGAAAGUUGCUCUUAACGCGAAGCAAGUCCAAGAUCUGUUGCUGUUCCGCGAAAUCUGGCUCCCCUCAGAUGACGAUACUUCUACGCCGACAUUCCAGUCACAGUCGACCGAGACGCAGACUUAUAUCGUGCAGCGCUACCAACAAGUCGCAUCGACGUCUGCUUUCCCGUGGAAUACUACAAUCGCUAUCGAGAAACUAGAAAUACAACUUGAUCUGGGCUCUACGCUUGGAAAGGCUCAGUUCGCCAUCAACGAUCUAUGGCUGUCAUCAAAGAAGACCUCUGAUCGGGAGCAAACGCUCUGCAUCAGUUUUGGGGCCGUGGGGAUAGAGAGUAAGGGCAGAAUGAGUGGGUUGGUUGAGCUUCAGACACUCAAAGUGCGGACCUCUAUCCACUGGCCGGAUGAGUUACCCAACUCGGGUCGAACACCACUCAUCCAAGCUUCUAUUUCCUUCAACCAGUUGCAAGCUAAGGUCUCAUUUGACUACCAGCCUUUUCUGGUGGCCCAUAUAGCAAUGUUCUAUUUCUUGAUGUACAAUGUCCGCGGUGCAUCCGGUGCUCCGAAUGAACGACUCUUCAGCAUUCUGGAGGGAGAUAAAGUACAAGUCUUCUGUACAACAUUGACAGCAUCUCAGUCCUUGGCAUUAUUCCAAGCUUGGCAACGGCUGGCACAAGAUAAGCAAGCGGCCUAUGAAGCUUCUUUGAGAGAGGUUGACAGGUACCUGAGCCGGAGGUCUUCAAUCUAUCCUGAGAAGCCAGAUCUCCCCGAGGGUGACACAACCAAGACAGGCGAGAAGAAUGUUGAAAAGGCGCCUAUCUCUCUUCAAACCGGAGUAGUUGUUACAAUCAAGACUGUCAAUAUUGGUGUAUUCCCGAGCUCCCUUUUCGAUAACCAAUUACUCAAACUCGAAGCAAACGAUGCACAAGCUCGAUUCGACGUCUCGUUGAUUAAAGGCAAGAUUCAGAGUGCGUUGGGACUCACACUUGGUCAGUUACGUGUCGCAUUUUCUGGAAUCAACCGCCCUAGCUCCGCAGAUAUCGAAGAGCUAUCAGUCCAUGAGAUUGCAAGCCGGGCUACAGGCUCUCGCGGAGGAACGAUUCUCAAGGUGCCUCGGCUUGUAGCCAGUAUGGAGACUUGGCAGGUACCUGGAUCACACCAAAUCGACUACAUUUUCCAGAGUACAUUUGAAGGCAAGGUGGACGUUGGAUGGAACUAUUCUCGUAUCGGCUUCAUCCGCGACAUGUGGGAAACACACUCUCGCGCAUUAGCUUCUCGACUUGGGAAGCCGCUGCCCCCGUCUGCGGUCCAGAUUACUGGUGGACCGACCUCGGAAAGCGAUGGCGACAAGCAUGACCAGGAAAAGAUCACAGCGGUGGUCAAUGUGCCUCAGUCCAGGUAUACUUACACUGCUUUGGAACCACCGGUGAUUGAGACGCCGCAGCUACGGGACAUGGGAGAAGCUACGCCACCGUUAGAGUGGAUUGGGCUACAGCGGGAUAAGCUGCCCAAUGUUACCCACCAGAUCAUCAUUGUGACAUUGCUGGAGAUUGCCAAAGAGGUCGAGGAUGCAUAUGCAAAGAUUCUCGGGUCAUCAUGA